UAAUCAUGCUGCACGUGGAGCACACUUGCGAAAUUCCAAAGGAGGAGGACGUAUUGUUUCUUCCAGGUCGAGGACCGUUGCAAAGAUUUUACGAUCAUCUUCGGUUGUCAAUCAUGGCUUCCCAUAAUAAUCCAGCUGCCCGAAAAUAUUUGGGAAGCACAGCUUUCAUAAUUUCUGAGAAACGCCGACAACUGACAAGCUACAUGCACGUUAUCCACCCUUUCAGCAUGUUCAGUUACUAUUGGGACUUCUUGAUGAUCAGCGUAAUGACCAUCAUGAUGAUUCUGGUGCCGUACCAGGCCGCGUUUGAACUGGUCAAAUACCACGACUCCUGGAUCAUCUCGAAGAACUGCCUCCUGGUGAUCUGCUGCUUGGACAUGCUAGUUAAAUUUAAAACAGGAUACAUGGACGAGGAGACGCACACGGUGAUCUUGGAGCAGAAGAAGAUCGCGAAACGAUACAUAAAAUCGGGCACGUUCUUUCCGGAUUUAUUCGGCUCCUGCCUCACCGAUCUGUUCUUCCUGCACGCGUUCCGCGAAUUGUUGGUGGCCCGCAAAGUGGCCUCCCUGGUCUUCGUUUUCCGCGUAGUCUCCCUAAGCGUGUACAUCAACAAAGUUGUCCACGCAUUGGAUAUACCGUUGGCACUCUACGAGUUCUGCAUCGUGAUCUACUGGCUGCUGAUCAGCCUCCACUGGCAGGCUUGCUGGUUCUGGUUGAUCCCUCACGCGGUGAUCUCGAUGGGAGAGCCCAUGCGGCCGAGGGACAGCUCUUGGGUGAUAGAGCAAGAACUCUUUGGCCAACCGAAACACCAACAGUACUUCGGCUCGAUUCUGCGUGCCGUGACCACCUUCACCAAGUCCGGACUGCUUCAGUCGAACAUCGCUGAUAUGGCGGACCUGUAUCUGAUCAUCGCGCUGCAGAUCAUCGGCAUCCUGGCGCCGUGGAUCUUGGUCAGUCGCGUGAUGCAGUUCUUCAAAGGCACGAACAGUUCCCGCCUCAAGUACCAGGCUACCAUGGCCCAGCUGAGACAAUACAUGCGGCACAUGCACCUGCCGUAUCACACGCAGACCAGGAUCAUCCAAUACUACGAGUUCCAUUUUCAGCGCAGGUUCUUCCGCGAGUCCGAGAUCAUGCACACGCUGUCUUCGCAGAUGCGGCACGAGAUCAGCAUGCACUCGUGCCGCAAGCUCGUCGAGAACGUCACGUUCUUCAACAAUCUUCCGUUGUCGUUGCUCGGGAGGAUCGUCGGCUUGCUGAAGUCCGAGAUAUUCCUUACGAAUGACGUGAUCGUCAGAGCCAAUCAGCCUGGCGACUGCAUGUAUUUCAUCGCUACCGGGACUGUUGCCAUUUAUACAAGCUCUGGGAAAGAAGUAUGCCAUCUAGAGGAUGGCGCACACUUCGGAGAGGUCGCCCUUGUCAUGCCCAACGAGCUCAGGGUAGCCAGCGUCGUCGCUGUCGAGGUGUGCGAGCUGUAUCGGCUGAACAGAGCCGACUUCGCCAGGACCAUUCAUCCUUAUCCUAUGCUGUGGGAGAGGAUCAAGAAGAUCGCUAUCGAGAGGCACGAGAAGACGAUGAUUUUGAACGCACAAUAG